CCGAGGCCGUACACAUGGUUUGGGCUCUGUUCAUCGCCACUUGGCUUCUCACGUUCUUGCCCUCAUCAUUAAGAGCCUUUCCUACCCAGGCCUCGGUUCGCAUUCGCGCAGAAGGUGACACCGUGUCGGUUUCUACGAGUCUGGGCAAUGCAACUGGCGUGCCAGACACGAACUCCGUUACGCGAUUCUCAGUUAGAUAUGCAUCAGCGGAUCGAUGGAAACCGUCUGUUAUAACAAGCUCGUGGAAUUUACCAAAUAAUCUGACGGAUCCUUCAGCAACUCCUCGGGCAUGUCCUCAAAUACCAUCUAGCGAAAACAGUGCGGAUACCGACGAGGACUGUCUAUCUAUGAUCUUAUACGUUCCUACCAGUGGAACGGACAUGCCGACGAUGAUGUGGAUACAUGGAGGUUCCUUUGUCGUUGGAUCGGCUACGGGACCAGGCCUCGACGGCUCUACUUUGGCACAAGCGACAAAUUCAAUAGUCGCGGUCAUCCAAUAUCGACUCGGUGCUUUCGGUUUCCUCUCUCCGAGCAGAGAAAGCAACCUGGCCGUGAAUGAUGUUAUCAACGCAUUGAGGUUCUUGCAGACGGUUGUCCCCAGUUUCAAUGGUGACGCGAACAAGAUCACAAUUGCGGGACAGAGUAGUGGAGCAUCCAUGGUCCGAGCUCUUCUAGCAACGCCCUCAGCAUCCGGUUUCUUCCAAAGUGCAAUUCUGCAGUCUGAUCCCAUGGACUACGGGUUCCUCUCGACAAGAACGUUCAAUACUCUGAAUGACUUCUUUGUUUCUCAGCUACAAUGCAGUGCGAGUGACACUGAUUGUCUUGCCGGUUUGUCAACGGAUGACAUUCUUAACGCAUCAAUGACGGUUUUCGGUACUGCGAACUCCCUGGACCCUUCCGCAGGAUCCUUUGAGCCAAUGCGACCUGUGAAAGACGGUUCCCUGAUAACUUCCGCUCUUGAUCUGACAGAGUCCUUCCCUGGCCAAUCAAAACAACUUCUUAUCACAACCGUCAGAGAUGAAGCAGGGCCGGCAAUUUACGGGAAUUUCACAACUGCAGUAGCGGAAAGCGAAUGGGAUGAUAUCGUUAAUGCGACUCUCGGCUCCACACGCGCAGCGAAAAUCGUAAAUUCGUCGUUCUACGCUGUUCCUGCCGUCUUCGCGGCGAACACAUCUGCUUUUGAUGCGCGAAUACAGCUGGAGGGCCUCGGAACGGAUCAAAUCUGGCGUUGUCCGUCUUGGUCGUUUGCGCGUUCGUGGGCCUCUGCAGGAGGGAAGGUAUUCGUUGGCGUCUUCGCCGUCGGCGCGACGUAUCCAGACAAUUCGGCCAUCCCUUUCUGCACCCAAGGUGUUUGUCAUGAGAAUGAUAUCGAAAUUGUAUUUGGCACAGUUAACUCGCCAUCUUCUGCACAAUCGAGCCUCAUCUCAUCCAUACAAGCCCGCUACAAGGCAUUCCUUGCUGGGGAUGCUCCGGAUGCAUCCUGGCAGGCUGUUUCGGGUGACGACACGAAUGCGAUCAUCCUUGGUGGUACCAGCGAUGGAAGCAGGGCUGUUGUUGGCGCUUGCGAUCCCUCAUUCUGGGGUUCGGCGGUGCAGUACGACUAUCAGAUCUUCAAUGCAUAAACUUUCGGGCCUCUCCUUCAUCUAUCUUCGGGAUUACUUUCAAGGGUGUUUAUAUCGUAUUAUUACUUGUUUCUGUAAUCCUUCGCGAUUUGUAUCCAAUAGUCGUUUGCAUGUUAGCAACUUCGUGUUUCGUACUAAAUAUAUC